GAGCGGAGGAAGGGUGGGUUGAGGCCUGUCGCGACCCGCCUCCUUCUCGCCCUUCUCCGGCCCAGGGCCAGCGACGUGUGGACGGCAGCCAUGCGCGUCGUCCGGAGAUCGCCUCACUAAGGCUUCGACGACCUCGCCUUCUUAGCGUUGAGCCCCCGGAAACAAGGAGGACAGAGGCGGCUGUGCGCCAUUCCUGUUCCCCCUUUUGGGGGGGGGCAGGGCGAAGCAAAGGCCGUCCUAGUGGACCAUGGAUCCUCUCAGCCGCCCCGGCGGGGAUAUCAUGCGGCGGAAUCCCCAGCAGGACUAUGAGCUUGUGCAGCGCGUGGGGAGCGGCACCUAUGGCGACGUCUACAAGGCCAGAAAUUUGCAUACCGGAGAGCUGGCGGCGGUAAAAAUCAUCAAGUUAGAGCCAGGCGAUGACUUCUCAUUGAUACAGCAAGAAAUCUACAUGGUUAAGGAAUGCAGACACUGCAAUAUAGUCGCAUACUUUGGAAGCUAUCUCAGCCGGGAGAAACUCUGGAUUUGUAUGGAGUACUGUGGUGGAGGGUCCCUUCAAGAUAUCUACAAUGUAACGGGUCCUCUGUCGGAGUUACAGAUUUCGUACGUUUGCAGAGAGACGUUGCAGGGACUGGCGUAUUUGCACAUGAAAGGCAAAAUGCAUCGGGACAUUAAGGGUGCAAACAUUCUGCUCACUGACCAUGGAGACAUCAAGUUAGCUGACUUUGGCGUAGCAGCAAAAAUAACCGCCACCAUUGCAAAGAGGAAGUCGUUUAUCGGCACCCCUUACUGGUCAUCAACAUUCCAUAAUUUUGUCAAAGUGGCACUUACCAAAAACCCCAAGAAAAGGCCGACGGCAGAAAGGCUCCUUACACAUAGCUUUGUCGGGCAGCCUGGCCUUUCUCGCUCUCUGGCCUUGGAACUCUUGGACAAAGUGAACAACCCGGACAACCACCCCCAUUAUGCUGAGGCCGACGAUGAUGACUUUGAGCCGCACCCCGUUAUUCGCCACACCAUUCGCUCCACCAGCCGGAACGUUCGAGCUGAAAGGACGGCGUCUGAAAUCAAUUUUGACAAGUUGCAGUUUGAACCACCGUUAAGGAAAGAGACGGAAGCUCGGGAUGAAAUGGUGGUGGUUGCAGGCGGUGCGCACUUUGCUUCCCACUGGAGCCCUUUUGUCGACGGUGGAAGUUGCGCUAAGGGACUGGCCAAAUUUGGCGAUGGCCACGAAGAUGCUGAGGAAUCAACACUGAAACGGGCCGGACCCCCUCCUCUACCUCCAAAGCCCCGGCUCAGUAUUUAUCAAGAGGAGAGCCUUGUGGACGACGAGAGGUCGCAGACGAUCAAAUACUGCCCGGAUCCUCAUGGCCACAGGCGGCAAAGCAUCCCGGUGUGUGGACCUCAGACGGAGCCCUCCCCGAUCGGCAUGACCAGCAGCAUCAGCAGCCCGGGCUUGCUCACCGUGAGAUACAGCGACUUGGGCAAUGGGGACAGUGUACCAAAACUGGAUGAGAAUGCCGACGGGUUGGGCCACUUGCCCCAGCUGCCGAGGAAGAAGGAAAAGCGGGAAUUUCCGAAGCCAGCCAUCAACGGCCUGCCACCGACGCCAAAGGUCCUGAUGGGAGCCUGCUUCUCCAAAGUGUUUGACGGAUGCCCUCUGAAGAUCAACUGCGCCACGUCGUGGAUCCACCCGGACACAAAAGAUCAGUAUAUUAUCUUUGGCACUGAAAUUGGGAUUUACACGCUGAACCUCAAUGAGCUGCACGAAGCCACCAUGGAGCAGAUCUUCCCACGGCGUUGCACGUGGCUUUAUGUGAUCAACAACACCUUAAUGUCACUCUCAGAAGGGAAAACGUUCCAGUUGUACUCCCACAACCUCAUUGCUCUGUUUGAACAAGCCAAAAAGACAGGACUCGCUGCUCACAUUCAGACCCAUCGAUUCCCUGACCGAAUAUUACCCAGGAAAUUUGCCUUAACGACAAAGAUCCCGGACACAAAAGGGUGCCAUAAAUGUUGUAUAGUAAGAAACCCGUAUACCGGCCAUAAAUAUCUCUGUGGAGCUUUACAGCUGGGGAUCGUUUUGCUCCAGUGGUAUGAACCCAUGCAGAAGUUCAUGUUAAUAAAGCACUUUGAUUUCCCUUUGCCAACUCCCUUGAACGUCUUCGAAAUGCUGGUGAUCCCAGAACAGGAGUACCCGAUGGUGUGCGUCGCGGUCAGCAAAGGGAUCGAACCGAACCAGGUCGUUCAGUUCGAGACGAUCAACUUGAACUCUGCUUCCUCGUGGUUUACAGAAAUCGGUGCAGGUUGCCAACAGCUUGAUGCCAUCCACGUCACGCAACUAGAGAGAGACACGGUGUUGGUCUGCUUGGACCGGUUUGUGAAGAUCGUGAAUCUGCAAGGGACACUGAAGUCGAGCAAGAAGCUAGCCUCGGAGCUGAGUUUCGACUUCUGCAUUGAAUCUGUAGUGUGCCUUCAAGACAGUGUCCUGGCCUUUUGGAAGCACGGAAUGCAGGGCAAAAGCUUUAAAUCGAACGAGGUAACCCAGGAAAUCUCUGACGAAACCAGGGUCUUCCGCUUAUUGGGCUCUGACAGGGUGGUGGUGCUGGAAAGCAGGCCGACGGACAACCCCACGGCGCACAGCAACCUCUACACCUUGGCCGGCCACGAGAACAGUUACUAGGUGACCGCCGAGCGACCGUCGGCUCCCAGGGGGGGCGGAAGGAAGACGUCACCAUUGCCCGAGGAAGCAGCCCCCGCCGGGAAACCCCGAGGGCCAGUCGCCCCCUCCGUCUUCGCAGCGUCUCCGUUCCCUAUCUACCCCCUUUGCUUCACUGUGUCAGUCCCCGAACGGACCCGGGUUUUAGGAUCGAGAGCCCCGAGGAUCAUGUCCCGUGCGUCUCUUAGCUGGGAAGCAGCUGUUCGGUCACUUGCCACUAUGUGGUUGGUUAUGUCACGUUUGCUUAAUAAAAGCUGUGAGAUCAUUAA